AAAAGAAACCACGACACAAAUUUAGAUAAAGAAGAUGGCGGAUCUAUCGUUCUUGGCGCGCCUCGUGCUUACAGUGCUGCUCUCGGCGUUGUCGCUCUUCGUGUACAAAUGGUUGCAGACUCCAUCUCCACCUGCGCCCCAGUCGUCCACUAAACGUGUUAAAAAGCGCAGCAAAAAGAAAUCCGCCAAGAAAUCCGCAUCCUCCGAAUCUCCGUCGCCACCUCAACAGUCUCCGCAGAAGCUCCAAAGGUCUGCAGCCCCAGCAAAAGCUCCUGCUGCGGCUGCACUAAUUGCCAGCGAGGAUGACGUUAGCGAUAGCGACUCGGACGAUGGGCUCUCCGCCGCGCAGGUGCUAGCCACGCGUAAAUUCAAGCCCAAGAACCUCGGUGGCACUCGCCUUGCCCGGAAGAUCAAAGCGUCGCUGCCGCCUGCCAACGCCCCUAGAUAUGCUGUAGAUCAGGAGGUGCUGGCCAGGUUUGGCGGCGGAAACGAGUGGUUCCCAGCCACGAUAUUGGAGCAACGCAAGGGCAACGAGUAUCACCUCAAGUACGACGAUGGUGAAGUGGAAUACCGAGUGCCGGCCGAGUUCAUCAAGAUUCGGCCGGCCAAAAGCGACGAGAGCAAUGAUGAUAGCGAAGCUGCACGAAUUGCUGAGGCGAAAAAAGCGCCGGAAAGUGCUGCAGUACAGGAGGAACUGUCGGACUCGAGCUCGAGCGAGUCGGAUGAAGACGGCUGGCAGGUGGUGGGCGCCUCUAGUGCUGCCAAACGCCAGGCGCGUCGCACGCAAGCUGCUGCUUCAGCAGAGCCAUUAGUGGAUGAUCUGACUAAGCGUCAGCGCGAGAACCGCCGUAAGAAGGAGCGACAACGCGAGAAGAAGGAGCUACUGCGUCAACAUGCUCAGAAGGACGACUUGGACGCUCGCGCGCGCUGGCGCUACGUGCCGUCGUAAGUGCCAUACUCUCGUGGCUCGCUCGAUGCAUUGCAAUUGAGAUGGUUUUGAUCCAAACGAAUCAAACCGACUGUGAACUUAACUAAAAAGUAGCUCAAAUGAGUGUUUAGCUACUCUUUUUACAUGAUAAACACCUGAGGAAUGGAUGCAGGUCCACGACGUUUGCCACUUGAGAUCUGGUUGCCAGCUUCAGAG